AAAGGUGCGCAUCAAAUGGAAAAUUUACUCAAUUCACUCGGCUGGUUACUUUCAAUCGUAACUGCAGUAGGAAACGGCUUCGUAAUCUUUCUUGUCGCCAAAAAUCGACGCCUUCAUUCCUCAGCCAAUUGGUUCGUCCUUUCCUUGGCAGUGGCCGACUUUGGUGUCGGAAUCGCCGUUUUUCCAUCAAGUUAUUUUUGUAUUUACUCGAUGGCUUGUAACUCCAGGGUGCAGAUGGCAUUCUUCUGGUUCUUCCUUCACUCUUCGGUCACAAAUCUUUGCUGCUUGACUUGGGAUCGUUACGUCGCCAUCGUUCACCCUUUCAAGUACAACACCUCCAUGACUGAGAGACGCCCUGGAAUGGUUAUCUUGGCAGCUUGGUUAGUUCCCUUCAUUAUCUCCCUGUCACUUUUUGUGGGAAUGUACCUCACUAACUCCAACACUGCUUGGAAAGUUCUCCGACUAACCGGUGUCACUGGCUUCGAAAUAAUAUCCUGUGCGCUGCUCUUCUAUGCUGUUGUUCGUAUCCUUGCUGUUGUACGUACACAAUCACACCAAGUGUCAGCCAUGGAACAACAGAUUCAGUCUACCUUCUCGUGCAACGAUGCUGCCGAACCCGCAACGUCACGCAGACGUCAAAAGCAAAACACAGCUCGUUUUAUAAUUGCCCUACUCGUGUUCUUCUUGGGAUGCUAUGUAGUGGUUAACUCUUUAGUUAUGUGCAUGGCUUUUUCUUGCAAAGUAUCCGAUAAAGCUAGUCAUAUCCUCUUUCUACUUCUAGUUCUGAAUUCUGCGGUGAAUCCCUUGGUUUAUGCUUUUUUCAAGAAGGACAUUAAGAUGGAGAUAAAGAAGCUUGUUUGCAGAGAAAACCCAAGCAGCCACAGCGACGCAGCAUCAUCAAUAACUGCAAAACGAGUAGUUCUUCCUUCCAAACGAACAGCUGAAAAAGUCCAUCAGUUACGAACCGCUGCAAACAUGGUACAGUACUGGCUUACAUUUUUCGGCUGGAUACUUUCAGUCGUAACAGCAACAGGAAACGGCUUUGUAAUCUUUCUUGUCGCCAAAAAUCGACGCCUUCAUUCCUCAGCCAAUUGGUUCGUCCUUUCCUUGGCAGUGGCCGACUUUGGCGUCGGAAUCGUCGUUUUUCCAUCGAGUUACUUUUGCAAUGACUCAAUGGCGUGUAACUUGAGGAUGUAUAUAGCAUUCUUCUGGUUCUUCCUUCACUCUUCAGUCACAAAUCUUUGCACCUUGACUUGGGAUCGCUACAUCGCCAUCGUUCAUCCUUUAAAAUACAAUAACUCAAUGACAAAGAGACGCCCUGGAAUGGUUAUCUUGAUGGCUUGGUUGAUCCCGUUUGCGAUCUCGCUGUUACUUUUGGUGGGAAUUUAUGCUACAGAAUCAAAAACUAUUCUGAAAAUUUUAAGAGUAACAGGCGUGUCUGCUUUUGACGUAAUAUGUUGCGCGCUGCUCUCGUAUGUUGUUGGUCGUAUCCUAGUUGCUGCUCGUGCGCAGUCACACCAACAAUCUGCCAUAGAACGGCAGAUUCAGUCUAAUCACUCAUCGAUGGAAGCCGUAACUCCACGAAGAAGACGUAAGAAGCGCAACACUGCUCGUUUCAUAGUUACCAUAGUCCUGUUUUUCCUGGGAUGUUACGUGGUUGUGAAUUACCUGGUUCUGUGUAUUACGAUUUCCUGCCAUAUGUCUGUUCACGCUAGCCAAAUCCUCAUUUUACUUCUGGUUCUGAACUCCUCAGUGAAUCCUUUGGUCUACGCGUGUUUGAAGAGGGACAUUAAGACAGAAAUAAAAAGACUUAUUUGCAGACGAAACUUAAAUGAACCAUCUACAUAUAUAUGAUAUACAGGAAAUUUAAAAAAUGAUAUUUCGGUAGCAACUAAAACGGACACAACCAGUAUGGCAACAAGAUGACCUUCCUUUUUCUUGUUGUCACGUAGUAUUUGGUACCAAAGUUAAAUUUUAUGGACAAAUUAGUGCAGGAAUUAUAUUAACAAUAUUCUUUGUCUGAACGACACAGGUAUUUCUGUUUUCCUGUGAAAUCAUCCGGUAAUAGCUUCAUUCAAUCUCAAUCUCAAUCAUGAUCACAAUCUCGAAAACUCAAAUUCAUUCACAACUACGUAUUUUCAUUUGAUGGAAACCAAAACGCAAUACUCCGUGUUUGUUAAAAAGUUCUUAUAAGAUAUAAGAGCAAUGAAACAAUAAAAGGAGUGUCAAAAUGAUGGAGGUAGGCAUGUCUAAGGCCGGUGAUUUCAAGUUGAAGUAAUAAAGGUCGUUCUUAGAAAAAAAAAAAAAAAGCUAAAACCUGGUACCGCCGCAUUUGCUCAGGCCCUACACCAAUUGACUCCCAAUUCACUCAAUAUAUUUUUUUUAUUUCAGUGUGCAUAAGUAAUUUGGGUACGAAGGAAUCGAGCGUGCCUAGUCAUAGUUUAGCAGGGUUUUGACCAAAAUGCAACGAAACCAUGAUAUAGUGUCUCUUAAAUUAAGGUGCACAGCCAUAGCAACGUCUGGGUAUACUGAUUUCAAAAGCUUUACAGCCACCCGUCGACUGUUGUAAAACUGGAAAAUGAGCUCUUUAGAUUAUAAUAAUUUACGUUUCGCUUGCUUAAGAUUCGAUUAACUGGUCUGUUUGAGGUGAUCACGCGACAAAGUAACUAAGUGAAACUCAAAUGGAUUGCUGCUGUGUAUUAAAUUUAGUUGAUGUUAACUGAGGAGGCCUAAUUGCAUAUGAACUGAAUAUUUUUUGCGGUCUCCUCGCCAUUUUUGUUUGUUUUGUUUUUUCUUAUAAGAUAUUCCUAUUUACAUUUCGUUCUUAGUUCUAUUGUUUGUCUG